AUGGCCGAGUCAUCGUCCCAAGAGACCGAAUAUGAGGCAAUCGAGAUCUUGAAGGAACGCGGCGGACGGUACUACAUCCGAUGGGCCGGGAUCGACCCUGAGACCGAAAAACCGUGGAAGCCGACAUGGGAGCCAAAAGCACUGGCCAACGAACUCCUGGUCGACGACUGGAAGGGGAAGAAGAAGAAGCGGAAGCGACGGAGCUCGGGCCGGAACAGCUACCGAUCCGAAUCGAUCUCAUACUGGUCAAGCAACCAAUCAACCUCAAAAGCCGCCGAGAAAACUCGCAGGAGCACGCGCCUCUCGCUUGCCGAACACUCCACCCCUAGCACCCCAUCAAGCACCCCGAACUCGAGGAACAAGAGAAGGAAGACCGAGGAGGCUCCCACCCCAUUCAGUCCCCUCCCCUCCAAGCUCCCCUCCAUCCAUCAACCCUCGCCACACGACAAUCAGCAAUCCCCCGCUCAACUCAACUCAUCCCAAAAACUCAAGCGGACGGUCAUCCCCGAGACCCAAUCCGAUGACGAACCUGACAACGACAAACAGAAUGCUGCUGCUCAAACAAAACUGAUGCAGGCACUCAUUCCUGAGAUUCAAUCGGAUGAAGCACCCGCAAAAGGAAAACAGAAAACUAAUCAGCUCAACCCAUCCCAGAAAUCGAAGCGUACAGUCAUCCCCGGGAGUCAAUCUGAUGAAGAACCUGAUAAUGAAAACCAGAGAGCCACCCAGUCCAACUCACCACAAAAACUGAAGCCGAAAGUCAUUCCCGAGACUCAAUCGGAUGACGAACCUGACGAGGCAAACCCUAAACCUAAUCAGUCCAACUCACCACAGAAACUGAAGCGGAAAGUCAUUCCUGAGACUCAAUCGGAUGACGAACCUGACGAGGCAAACCCUAAACCUAAUCAGUCCAACUCACCACAAAAACUGAAACGGAAAGUCCUUCCUGAGACUCAAUCGGAUGACGAACCUGACGAGGCACACCCUAAACCUAACCAGUCCAACUCACCACAAAAACUGAAACGGAAAGUCAUUCCUGAGACUCAGUCGGAUGACGAACCUGACGAGGCAAACCCUAAACCUAAUCAGUCCAAAUCACCACAAAAACUGAAACGGAAAGUCAUUCCUGAGACUCAAUCGGAUGACGAACCUGACGAGGCACACCCUAAACCUAAUCAGUCCAACUCACCACAAAAACUGAAACGGAAAGUCCUUCCUGAGACUCAAUCGGAUGACGAACCUGACGAGGCAAACCAGAAUACUCAAUCUAAAUCCAAACCUUGUGCCGAUCCCACUCGUCUCCAGCUCGCAUCUUCUUCUCCGACCCAAGACCCACCCCAAUCCGCUGCGGAUGCGCAGCCACUAGAUGACCCGGCUGUAGUACUACAUACCCAGGAUACCUCAGAAGCCCAAGGCAACAUCCUCGACCUAUUUUCCAACGACUCAUCGAGCCACCACAGUCACGAGGUCGAGGACAAAUACUUGAACCUCGGCCAGGCUAACACGCCUAAAUCACCAUCCCCGCUGGCUUCUCCAGUUAAUCAGCCCGCCUCACAUCGCCAACAGAACUACGAACCUGAUGCUGAAACGGCCGAGCUGAUCGCUAGUCUCAAUGAUUACGACGACCCGGAACAUCUCCUAAGAAUCAGCCGUUACAUAUCCAAGAGCAAUAUCGACCCGGUCGAUAAACAAGUCAUCAUUAAAUUCAUCGCCGAUCCGCUUUCUUAUCUUGCGGAUCCCGCAAACGAUAUCGACGCACUGCGAACUCAAUACAAUCUGUCGAACGCCUUGGGCUUUGAACUCGAGAGAACAGAAACCGGGUCGAUCAAUUUAUGGCUUGAAAUGAGCCCACCGAAGUAUGGGAUCAGAUGGGACGAUGAAACAGUUCGCAAGGCGCUUGAAGGCAUGAUUUUCCGAUACCCACCGAAGUCCGGCUCAAAGGAUACCAAAACUAAUCGGGAGCCUGAGUCUUCGCAGUCAUCCCAAUACCCCAAGGAACAUCCACCACGCUUGCCUUCGCCCGACCAUUCGCUUCCAUCCCAAGAACCCCACCAGCAUCGAUCACCUUCUCAUCAACAAACUGAGCCGUUGCGGCCAACCCAAGAAGAUCAAUCUCAAGACCCCGAUGUGCAUCGAACAUCUUCGCCUCGAACCGAGCCCCCGCAUCCAACCCAAGAAGAUGAAUCCCAAGACCCAGAUCAACAUCGACUACGUUCUCCUCAAACCGAGCCCUCCCAUCCCACCCAAGAGGAUUUAUCCCAAGACCCCAAUGAACAUCAAUCGCGUUCUCCACAAACUAGGCCAUCGCGCGCAACUCAAGAAUAUCCAGAUGUGCAUCCGUCACCUUCUGCCCCAACUGAGCCGUCGCGUCCACUCCAAGACUCCGCUGAACAUCAAUCAUGUUCUCCCCAAAAUGCUCAGCCUCAAAAGCCUCAAACCGCGCCCGACUCGUCUGUACGUGUCAACAGCCCAAUGGCCAACCAAGACGAAUGCCAGCCCCCGGAAAAACAAGCUCCGUCCCCCUCUCGUCCAACUGAUGCUCUUCCGGCUGGAAUUCAAGACGAUGCUGAACUGCCUCCAGUGACCAGCAAUUCAAGUGACAUGCAUCCAGAACCUCAUCUCCCCGACGAAGGAACUCGCCAAGUUGAGCCUCUUUCGACCGAAACUGACACAGCUAAAGACCACAGUCAAGUCGAGCCUCUUUCGAACGACACCGCCAUGGAUGAUGCGAGCCAGAUGAGCAAAGAAGAGCUUCAGAGGUCUGUUGCAGGGCUGCGCACGUUAUUGAAAGGUGCCCUUGAAGUCAACGCUCUUCUUGAAUCCCGGAUCCCUGAAGAAGAGGAUACAAGACGUCAAAAAUCAGAGAUCCAAGCUGACUUGAAGAAGGAGAAGGAGACAGUGGAAGAGUUGAGAAAUCGACUCCUGGAGCAAGAUACAGAGAUGACCAAACAACGAGCGCAGUUGACGGGCACACUUGAAGCCAGUCGAUUAGUCCAAGCUGAAUUGACGAAAGAGAAGGAGACGGCAGAAGAGUUGAAAAGUCGACUCCAGAAGCAAGAUGUAGAGAUGACUAGACAACGAACGCAGCUACAGGACACACUCGAAACCGAUCGAUUGCUCCAAGCCGAAUUGGCGAAAGAGAAGAAGGCUAUAGAAGAGUUGAAAAGUCGACUGUUGAGGCAAGAUUUAGAGAUGACCAAGCAACGAGCGCAGUUAAUGGGCACACUCGAAGCCGAUCGAUUACUCCAAGCUGAAUUGACGAAAGAGAAGAAGACGGCGGCCGAGUUGAAAAAUCGUCUCCUGGAGCAAGAUGCAGAGAUGGCCAAACAACGAACGGAGUUAAUGGACACACUCGAAGCCAAUCGAUUGGUCCAAGCUGAAAUGACCAAACAGAAGGAGACGGCGGCAGAGUUGAAAAAUCGACUCUGGAAGCAAGAUGUAGAGAUGACGGGACAACGGGUGCAGUUAAUGAACUCUCAGCAGGAAGUCGAUCAACUGAACACCAAAGUUAAAUCACUCCAGACUUUGCUAGCAACAGAAGAGAAACAGCCUGCCCGAUUACUCUACCAGAAAUUCUCGGAUCGCCAGAAGCAGGAGUUGGCUCAAGCCCAAGCAGAGUCCAGAUUGGCUAAGGAAGCUCUCAAUAAACUCCAGAAACAGCAUAAAAUUUCCGACAAGAAGAAUGACGAGCUCAUCCAAUCCUUUUCCCAACAAAACGAAGAUCUACGCAGUCGACUCGAGCUUGCAAAUGUGAAAGCUCGAGCCCAAGCUGUCCAGAUCAGACGUCUCAACGUGGAAGUUAAGGAUCUUGAAGAGGUCACCAAAAUCCAGAGGAUAGCAAUUAAAGACUUGGAAGCUUGUGUCGAACGUCUGGCGCCAUCAGAUAAAAGAGAGACAGAUGAUCAAGACGAGACCCAAUCAUCGAAUCCGGCAACAGGAGCGAAUGGACAAAACGGGGAUCGCUCGCAAUCAUUCCGUCCGAUUUCACAGCUAGAACGAUUCAGCUUAGGAGGCCCCAAGCCUAUGAGUCAACUAAACCAAUCACUAGAAACGAUCCCCAGUGACGACCAAGAAGAGUCGAAGCAAAUGAUCGAAUCCGGAAGCCAGGGAGUCCGAUCUAACGGGCUUCGCUCAACCUCUCACUUCGAAACCCAGUCCCCUCAUUCAUCUCCCGAUCCUCGCCGCUCUUGUCCUCCGCCUAACGGCCAAAAGAAAGUCAAGAGUCUCCGCAGCUCGCUUCAGUACUCUUCUUCCCCGCUCUGUCCUCCUCGGUUCGGCACCUCUUUAACCACUCCUACCUCAGUUGCUGCGACUUCUCACAUUCGUCCCCCGCCUUAG